AUGGACGCGGCCUCGGUGCUUCUCCCCAUCGUCCUGGCGCUGGUGGCGAUCCCGAUCUUGCUGGCGCUACUCGACUGGCUGCGCCUCCCGCCGGGCCCGUGCCCAUGGCCGGUGGUGGGCAACCUACGCCAGAUCAAGCACGUGCGGUGCCGCUGCUUCCAGGAGUGGGCGGAGUGGUACGGGCCAAUCUUCUCCGUGUGGUUCGGCUCCUCCCUCACCGUCGUCGUCUCCACGCCGGAGCUGGCCAAGGAAGUGCUCAAGGAGCACGACCAGCAGCUCGCCAACCGCACCCGGAACCGCUCCACCCAGCGCUUCAGCCGCAACGGCCAGGACCUCGUCUGGGCCGACUACGGCCCGCACUACAUCAAGGUGCGCAAGCUGUGCAAUCUCGAGCUCUUCACACAGAAGCGGCUCGAGGCGCUGCGCCCCAUCCGGGAGGACGAGGUCACUGCCAUGGUCGCGUCUGUCCACCGCGCCGCCAUCGGCCCCG